AUGGCACAGCUUGAAGUCCCUAAACAGCGCUCCUCUGGAAGUCCCAAGAAGAAGGCGGAUUAUAGCAAGGAAUUUCCCUCUUUCUCGUCUUCUUUCUCAUCCUCAACUUCCUCCUCCUCCCUCGAUAUACCUAUCAUCUUCAGCGUGUUUUAUGGCAGGCCUCAGCGCGGCCUAACUUCUCACUCAACGUCUUCAACGCCUUCCCACCCGCUUAAACACGUCUCAUUUGAGAGCAAAGUCAACGCUUCAUUCAUCGAACAUGCUCGAAAGAAGACCGAAGAGCCACGAGGCCGAAUAUGGGAACGCCGCAAGCAUCGACGGGACUGUGAUUCAAUCCAGUUUAAAGAGAUAGCGACCCUAGCAAGUACACACCAGGACCAGAUAUUGGAGCUGUGGGGAAGCAAACACUGUGCAGUCUGCGACAAUCAGCCAGCAACAGCUGUCCUUUAUUUGCCUAUCUGCUGUACUUAUGAUGGGUAUUAUACUCUCGCAGAUGGGGACAGAUUGUUUUGGCUGAUGCUAUCGAUUGCAAAGCUCGUAGCAGAUCUUGACUCGGAUGUCAAAGUGCGUUCGGCCAUCGGAAGCAACGUUCAUAUGCCAUACAUCAACGGACUGGCUGUGCCAGUAUGCUCGGCGGAGGAUACCUGUCGAAAGGAGGCCAACUUGGAGGUUGCGAGGUUUCUAAAGGCUUUUGGAUUCGAUGAUACCCCAGCUCCGGAAGAAGCAAAAGCUGAUGAUAAUGACUAUGAUAGUGAGGAAAGGGUAAGGGAUGAGCAGAACCGCUCGGUUGGACCGCUCCUGCACCGUCGAUCGACUUGUAGCUCCAAAUUUGCCACGGACAUGGCCAUGUUCCGGGAUGCAAUCGAGGCAGAUGAAUGGGAAGACGACGACGUUACUGAUAGCGGCGAUGAGGCUGUUCAAAGCGAGCCACCUGUUCCUAGUAUUCCAGGCCACAGUCCUACGAGAAUGCAUCUCCACGAGCGAGUUCCGUUACGAUACACGGUGUUAUGCGGCCAGCCGAUACUGAACCGGAGUCCAGGCGCGACAGCGACUGAGGUCGAUGCCGGCCGUCUAACAUGUCUCGUUUUUACUUCUCGAUGGGAAGCUGGGCUUCUAGAAUCAGUUGCAAAUGCCAGCCACGAUCCAGAACCGUAUCAAAUGAUAGCGUCUUUCCACGAACGAUUCAUCAUGGCAUCUGCUGAAUUCCGUUGCUGCAUUUGUCCGAAGCGUGUGCUAGCAACGACGUUGGUUCACUGUCCGAUCUCCUUUAGGCGUGAUGCCGAAAAUUCUCCUUGUAACCAACCCCAUCGACAGUCUAUGAUCAGGCUACUACAGUAUACGAAAGGGAAGUGGAACUACCCCGAGACAAAGGCAGCGUUAGGAUAUGACGGCGUCUGGCAUAUUGAUGACUUCGUUGUGCCUAUAUGCCAUGGUGGUUCUGUAUGCGAGGAAACUGCGAGGAUUGCAGCGGCGCAGUUCAUUGACGGUAUACUCGCAACAGGUGAUAAAAGAUGUUAUACUGGUUUGAUGCCGGACACUGACCUCCUCGGGGCAUUCUGGGUUGAAAAUGGAGGCAAAAUACCAAAGUUAGUAGUGGAGAGGAUAGGACUGGGCCUGUUUACUGACUCAAGGAGUCGGAGGAGUCCUGGAGCAGAAGUAAUAUUAAAGAAUAAACAGGCUAUCGAGGCUAUCAGGCGCUCUGUUAAGGCCAAACGAGAGAGCAUCAGCUCACCGGAAGGGUCAGUGGCUUUCGUUCCUAAUGACAAUAAUAAUAUAGGCAACGACAACUGCCCCCGACCUCCCGAAAAAUCGAAUGAAGAGCUUAUCCAGGAUGGAGGGAAGACCUACACGUAUUCCCUGGAAGACGAAGAUGCCAUGUGUUUCGCUGAGGCAGAAGAAGGGGGUAUACCGACUUGGGGUGGAUACCCGCUGAGUGAGGAGUCAGCCAAGCUGGUGGACGCAGGCCUGCACGAGUCUGCGUUGAUGAAGCCUAUCAUUACGAUGGAGGUGCUCAAGACGUUGGAGACUACGAAGGAGUUUAUUAAGGGGCGUUAUAGUCUACAAGAAGGUGAGGACGAAGCUGAUGAUGAAGUUGAGGAAGUGGAUUCAAUGACAGACAAAAUGAAUUCUUGA